GGUCAUGUCGUAUAUUCAAGAUCAUUUCAACGUUCUCAUCGUUUGCGCUUUGGAGUCAGAGCUGCAGGCCGCAAAAGCAGUUCUAGAAAACGGAACGAACGGCAAGUUUGAAAACAAAUACACACAUCCCAGGGAUCUCAGCGGCCUCAACGUGCGAGUGUGUGAAGGAUGGAAUUCUACUGAGAUGAAGGUGGGCAUGGUCGCACAAACAGAUAGGGGAGGGAGCGAGAGUCAAAGGUUGCUUUCCAAUCUCGCCAAGUACUUCACGGCUACUGUAGUCAUGAUGCCGGGCAUCUGUGCUGGAGAGGAGAUCAUGCAUGGCCAAGUGGAGCACGGUUGUGUGUUUGUCGCCAAGCGAACGACAGCAGAGAUGGGAGGGAGAGUGGAUGAAGGCGGGGAAUUCCAUGCUAAAGCACAAUACUGUGAGCUCAACAGUGGUAUCCUUGCGUCAGUCAAUGAAUUGGUUCACGUGGAUUCUGAUAAAUGGUUAAAGUACAUUCCAGAAACGGCCGUUCGUCCCAGUCCUCGUUAUCUUCAGCAACUCAUCCUAGACUUUGCAAUGGAGAGUGGAAAGGACGGCAUUACCAAAAAAGAGCUAUUGGACAAGAUGGUGGCCAAGAAAUUGCGUGGAAUGACUACAAUGGAGGAGGCUAAGACUCGUCGCACCUAUGAUGAAAUUCUGAACACAAUGCUAAAACAGUCAUCUCCUUGGGUUAGUGUAUCUCCAACAUCAAAUUUUAGGUACAUUGCUACUGAGGAAGGAAAAGGGUAUGCAGCAAACGAAGCUAGUUUUCCUCGCGAAAAUGACAUCAUUGCUAUCGUUGAUUCCAUCCUGUCAGUGUCAUGCAAGGAUAUGAACCUGAAGGCAGAGUUGAGUGCUUACAAAACACGCGUGGCUGACAGAAAGGUGAAGGCAGUUGACAUGGAAGCUUACUACUUUAUGAAUCAAGCUAUUGAGAGCUUCAAGAGAAACGAAGUACCAGGCAAAGCAGUCGUCAUUAAAAGCAUCUCUGACUAUGGCUCUAAUGCAAGCAAAGGACACUAUUUUCUUGAGUAUGCUGCCAGCACAUCCGCUGCCUUUCUAAGGCAUCUGAUGACAGUCAAACAAUAUCUUUUUGGUAAUUACUUUUAGCACAAUAUUCUAAUUGGUUAUCACACAUCUUAAUGUUGACUGUAAUUAGUUGAUGAAGAAUCUCAAAUGACGAAAACUCAAGGAGGACAACCACAACAAGGUCAUACAAACUCAACAGCGAGUGCAUCAAAUGUUCAUCUCGGUACACCAGUGGCACAAGAAAUGAAGGUGAGUUCCCCAACUGCAUCUUCAGCAUCAGCUUUACCUAACAGC